UCUCACCGGCCCCCAUUUCUUUCCUUCUUCCCCUUCCCGACACCGCCACCGCCGCCGCCGCCGCCCGCCGCCUGCGCGAUGCUCCGCCUCCGAGAGCGCAUCGUUUCCCAUCUCCUCUCUUCCUCCUCCACCUCUGCCCCGGCCAUCUCACCUCUCCACCGGCUCCUCUCCGCAGCGGCAGCCGCCGCCCCCGUUUCCCCAAACCCCAGCAGCUUCGCCGUGGAGGAGUACCUCGUCGACACCUGCGGCCUCACCCGCCCCCAAGCCCUCAAGGCCUCCAAGAAGCUCUCCCACCUCAAGUCCCCCGCCAAGCCCGACGCCGUCCUCGCCUUCCUCUCCGGCCUCGGCCUCUCCGGCGCCGAUGCCGCCGCCGUCGUCGCCAAAGACCCGCUUUUCCUCUGCGCCAAAGUGGAUAAAACCCUGGCCCCCGUCGUCGCCGGGCUCACCGGCCUCGGCCUGUCGCGUCCCGACAUCGCCCGCUUCGUCUCGCUCGCCGGCAGCCGCUUCCGCUACACAUCCGUCGUCUCCAAGAUGCACUACUACCUGCCCCUCUUCGGCUCCCUGGACAGCAUCCUCCGCGCGCUCCGGCGCUCAUCCUACCUUCUCUCGUCGGACCUGGACAAGGUGAUCAAUCCCAAUGUCGUCUUCCUGCGGGAGUGCGGGCUAGCUGAUUGCGAUAUCGCCAAGCUGUGUGUCUGCGAGCCGAGGUUGCUCGGCUACAAGCCGGAACGCGUCCGGGCAAUGGUGGCGUGCGCUGAACGUCUGGGCGUGCGCCGUGGCUCCGGCAUGUUCAGGGUCGCGCUGCAGGCCGUCGCAUUCCUCAGCGAGGAGAAGAUCGCCGCCAAAGUGGACCACCUGAAGAAGGCGUUCAGUUGGUCGGAUGCCGAGGUGGUCGCUGCUUUGUCUAUGGCUCCAAUGCUGCUCAAGAGGUCAAAGGACACCCUGUGGCACAGGUUCGAGUUCCUGGUCUCUGAGGUGGGCUUGGAACCGGGGUACAUUGCUCAUCGCCCGGUAAUGCUCUAUUAUAGCCUGGAGGGCCGGCUCAAGCCCCGGUACUAUGCUCUGAAGUUCCUCAAGGAAAAUGGAUUGCUCGAUCACGACUGGAACUUCUAUACUGCAGUCACGAGGUCCGAGAAGUAUUUCAUGAAGAAGUGCAUAUGCCCUCACCAGGAAGCUGCUCCAAACCUUGCUGAAGACUAUGCGGCAGCUUGCAGAGGGGAAAUGCCAAGUAAUUUCAGAUUUACUUGAACCAGAAAAGGGCUAAGGGCCAGGAUACCUGCUGUUGUUUACAUCUUUGAGUGGCCAACUUCAAACUGAAACCGAGGUUGCGAACUGCUCAUAAGCUGCUGGCGCUGGUUGCCAUCUUCAUCUUGGAUUAUUACUUGAGCUGGGAGCUCUGCACCAGUUAUGUCCGAUUAACCAUGUGUUCUACAACUGUAAUCUUCUCCGUCCCCUUUAAAUUUCUGAUUAACCACGGUGGUGGCAAAGUUUUUAGCAUUGCCAACGGUGUUUUGCUCUCAACUUGUGAUGGGUAAUUAGAAUUGUGCUGAUCAAUGCAGGAAAAUGGUAGAACUAUAAGCGAGUGAAAUUGCUGCCGUUUGGAUA